AUGGACGAGCACAGUCGGACGCGCAUUUGCGCGGCGCCGGGCGCCAGUCUGGUGGCGAAGGCGCUGGCCCCGGCCAAUCGGCGCAUUCAGGCGAUUCAGGCGCUCUCGCAUGGCGCCCACUCGAGGUCGAUGGCCGCAAAUGAGGGCUAUCAGAUGCAGCAACUCCAGCAGAAUGGACAUCUCGGAGGACAGCAGCAGCAGCACUAUCACCACCAUCCGCAACAGCAACAAUUGCAACAGCAGCAACAGAUGCAGCAAAAAAUGUACCNUCCGGCCAACAGGCGCAUUCAGGCAAUUCAGGCGCUCUCGCAUGGUGCCCACUCGAGGUCGAUGGUCGCUAAUGAGGGUGGCGGUGGCUAUCAAAUGCAGCAACUCCAUCAGAAUGGACAUCUCGGAGGACAGCAGCAGCAGCACUAUCACCACCAUCCGCAACAGCAACAAUUGCAACAGCAGCAACAGAUGCAGCAAAAAAUGUACCGGUCGACGGCGGUGAACACCUCCGAGCAGAUGACGAUGGAGCCUCGGUCACAGUCGGCGAAUGAGCCUCGCAUGAGCAGCCAGGGCGGUCAGGGCAAUCAGGGACCGGGCGUCUCAUCGCAGAGCGCCUCCCAUCUGGUCACCACUGGCACGGCCACUGAUGAUCUGCAGCUGCAGCAGCAAGGCGACCAUGGUGCUCAGCCGGGCACUAGCACCGGCACCAUCAAACCUCGCUCCCAGCGACCCAAAUCGCUGAUGGCCAUUGACAGUNACAUCUGGUCACCACUGGUACGGCCACUGAUGAUCUGCAGCUGCAGCAGCAAGGCGACCAUGGUGCUCAGCCGGGCACUAGCACCGGGGCCAUCAAACCUCGCUCCCAGCGACCCAAAUCGCUGA